CAACUAUAACUUCUCUACGGAUGGCUUCAGUGGCUCAGGAAGUAACGCAAAUCACGGCUCGUCAGUUGGUGUCCAGGGUGGAGUGGACUGGAUGAGAAAACUGGCCUUCCGCUACCGCAGGGUACGAGAGAUCUACGACAAAUACAAAACCAACGUUGGAGGCCUUCUCAGCCCACAGAAGAGGGAAGUGCUGCAGCGACUAAGGACCGAUAUAGAAGUGCUAACGGAUUCCUGGCUGGAAACUUCAUUAAAGUCCCUGCUGCUCAUACAGUCCAGAAAAAACUGUGUGAACAUCCUGAUCACAACCACCCAGCUGGUGCCGGCUCUGGCCAAAGUCCUCCUGUAUGGAUUGGGCGAGGUGUUUCCCAUCGAAAAUAUUUAUAGUGCUACAAAAAUAGGUAAAGAGAGCUGUUUUGAGAGGAUCGUGUCACGAUUUGGAAAGAAAGUCACCUAUGUGGUAAUUGGAGAUGGGCGUGACGAAGAGGUUGCAGCUAAGCAGCACAACAUGCCUUUCUGGAGGAUCACAAACCAUGCAGACCUCGUGUCCCUUCACCAAGCCCUUGAGUUAGACUUCCUGUAAGAAGUUGGAGCAAAGGUGCGACUGCAGCUCCUGCAAGCCCUCUCCAUCACUGGCGGGGCAGAAAUCUCAUACAUUCGGGGACUCACUUUUCAGCUUGAUGAAGAAAACCUACCCAAUGCAAACUGUGCAGUAGAACAUGACCCCAGGUCAUUUCCUCCGGAGCACAGGCCCGCCAUGUACAAAGGUGUGGCAGAAAGGAGCACUAGACUCAGCAGAGCUAGAGCUUGUCUGAAGGAGAGACUUAGAGAAGCCAGCUGAAUUCCUCUAGCAGGGAGUCUCCAGAGGGAAGGGUGAUACAACAGCAGAAGUAUUUCUAAGAGCCUUCUCCUUGCUAUUCAGCUUAGUUGUAGAACCCAAGUAAACCCAAAACCUUAUUUUUAUAGAAAAAUACUGAUGGCAGACCUGAACCUCCCGUGUUUCACAAAGCUGAAAAGAGCUAUGGUUUUUUUCCAUAGGAAAUAUUAAUGAAAAUGUCAAAAAUACCUCUAUUG